CGCGUCCCGACGCAUGUCAUUCCUGACAAUCAACCGGAAUUGAUAAAAGUCUUAUCAAUUCAAAUUUCUUGGUUUGUUUGUUUAUUUUUGUACCAACUUUUGUUGUCGCUUAAUGCAAAUUUUCAUUUAGGUAAAGUUGUGAUAGAAGCUAAUUAGAAUGUUGGACCUGGAAUAUGAUUAUUUUUUGGAGGAAGAUAAAAUUCGUGCAUGAGCAACGUGGUUUUAUUGUAAAUGUUCUUUGAAUACCUUCCUGAUAUGUAUCCCACACCGUAUUUUUCGGUCUACCAAAUGUACGGUUAUGAGGAUCGCCUGGGGAUGACAGUAACUUCUGGCAGUGUUACUAUUCGAAAAGAUGAUAAUAACCUCAUUGGAAUAAGUAUUGGUGGUGGCUCUCCAUUAUGUCCAUGUCUGUACAUAGUUCAAAUAUUCGAUAACACAGCAGCUGCUAGAGAUGGAACUUUACAAUCUGGAGACGAACUUGUUUCUGUUAAUGGGCAGUCUGUUAAAGGAAAAACAAAAGUAGAAGUUGCUAAAAUGAUUCAGGCGGCAAAGGAGGAAGUAAUCAUUAACUACAACAAAUUACACGCUGACCCAAGACAAGGGAAAAGUUUGGAUAUAAUUAUGAAAAAGAUGAAGCACAGAUUAGUUGAAAAUAUGAGUUCAUCCACUGCAGAUGCCUUAGGACUUUCACGGGCAAUAUUAUGCAAUGACACUUUAGUUAAAAAGAUGCAAGAACUUCAAGACACCGAAGUCAUGUAUAGAGGAUUGGUAGAUCACUGUAAACGGAUGUUACAGGCACAUGUAGAACUGCAGCAAGCUAUAAAAGCUAUGGGGGAAGUAUUUUCUGGAAUAGCUGUAAGGGAACCACAAGAAAGAGCAAGCGAAGCAUUUCGGUUAUUUGGCGAACAACAUCGUAAUAUUGAAAAAUUGGGGAUGGAGAUGGUAAAAAAAGUAAAACCAGUUUUAUCGGAUGUAGGAACAUACCUCUACAAGGCCAUACCAGAUACAAGACUAACUGUAAAAAAAUAUGCUGAUGCUAAGUUUGAAUACCUAGCAUAUUGUUUAAAAGUGAAAGAAAUGGACGAUGAAGAAUGCAGUUAUGCAGCGUUACAGGAACCCCUUUAUAGAGUUGAAACAGGAAACUAUGAGUACAGAUUGAUUCUGCGUUGUCGCCAAUUAGCACGAACUAGAUUUGCUAAGUUAAGAGCCGAUGUGUUGGUAAAAAUGGAAUUAUUAGAUAAUAAACACGUUCAAUCUCUUGGAGGUCAUUUGGUAAAAGUAAUUAAAGGAUUAUCAGAACUACAUACUAAAACUUUGGAAUUGUUUAAUGGUCCUGCAUUAUUUCCUGUAGAAGUGGAUUUGUCCAAUAGCGCAUUUCAAUAUAAAUCUACCACCCCUUUGGUACAGGACAACAGUGAAGAUGACAAAGAUAUAGAUGAAGGUGAAGAAAUAAUCGAAAUUGAAGAUGAUCUUAUAGCGGAUCUAACUAAAUCAAAUGCUACAGUUGAUCGUUUGGAAAACACAGAAAUGCUUCUGCCUGAUUUACCUACUGAUGAUAUACAAAAUGAACCAAACUAUGAUCAAAUGGAUAACUGGGCCCUUUUGUCAUCUCUAUGUAUAGAUAAUCCUCAAUAUAAACCUCUAUUGUCAGAU